AAUAUUAAUAUGUCCAUGAAAUUAAAAUCAAACAAUCACAGUUUAUAUUCGUUUCAUAAAAGGUUGAGACAAAACUUUUUAAAAUCGUUAACUUUUCAAUAAAUUUCAAUUAAAUAAACACAAAAAAUGAAUAGGUGGAAAAAUAGAGUGGCUUUAGUUACCGGUGCAUCAUCAGGUAUUGGUAGAGCAAUCGCUAUAGAAUUAGCCAAACAAGGUAUGAUUGUCGUUGGUGUGGCGAGAAGAGUGGACAAAUUGAAAGAUUUGAAAAACUUAUUAGAACAAUACAAGUUUCACUAUAGACAGUGUGACGUAACUGAAGAGAAUCAAGUAGUAGAAACAAUUAAUUGGAUUGAAGAGACUACAGGUCGCGGAAUUGAUGUACUGAUAAAUAACGCGGGGCUUGGCAGAUUAAAUACCAUGCUUGAUGGAAAAACAGAAGACUGGAAAUUAAUAAUGAAAGUAAAUGUAAUUGGUGUUUCGAUAUGUGCUCGCGAAGCUGUCAAAUCUAUGAGACGACACCAAAUAGACGACGGUCACAUAGUUUACAUCAGCUCAUUGGCUGCUCACCGAUUUGGUUGUCUGAUUGGAUCUUCACCUAUGUAUAGAGCAAGCAAACAUGGCGUACGAGCAAUUGCGGAUUGUUUGCGUAAAGAAUUGGUAGCUGAGAAAUCCAAAAUUCGAGUAACAUGCGUAAGUCCUUCAUAUACCAGAAGUGAAAUAUUUGAAGGCUCGGGUAGAACUAUACCAGAGGAACCAAUACUCGAGCCAGAAGACAUAGGAGAUAUUGUAGUAAAUGUUUUAAAAGUACCACCAUCAGUUCAGAUAUCUGAAGUCAUAGUCCAUCCCGUCGGUUCUUGCUAUUAAAUAUUAUACAAUUAAUAAUAUUAAGAAAAUAUUAUCAAACGAUUUUGGAUAUUUCAACAAAAUACACAUAUAUUUAGAAAAUUAGGUAAACAGACAGAUAAUCUAGACAUCAUCAUGUGAUGAAUUAUUAUAAAAUGAUCUUUUUUUGUAAUAAGUAAUCUAUUGAAAAUUUAACCAAUUAAGCAUAUUUUUUUUCUAAUAUUAUGAGCGAAAUUUUCAUUGCUUUGUAUUUUAAUUAUUAUGGUAGAAUUAUUAAAGUUUUCAAAAAAAAAAAAAAAAAAA